AUGGCGCGGAGGUACCGCUCGCGGGGCAGCUCGCGCCCCGACCGCUCUCCUGCCAUCGAAGGGAUAAUCCAGCAGAUCUUUGCAGGCUUCUUCGCGAACUCAGCGAUCCCUGGAUCCCAGCACCCCUUUUCCUGGAGUGGGAUGCUGCACUCGAAUCCCGGGGACUACGCGUGGGGACAGAGCGGCCUUGAUGCCAUUGUCACCCAGCUCUUGGGACAGUUGGAAAACACUGGACCGCCUCCAGCUGACAAAGAGAAAAUCUCAUCUCUCCCGACAGUGACAGUAACUCAGGAACAAGUUGAUACGGGUCUGGAGUGUCCUGUGUGCAAAGAGGACUACGCGGUGGCGGAGCAGGUCCGGCAGCUCCCCUGCAACCACUUCUUCCACAGCAGCUGCAUCCUGCCCUGCCUGGAACAGGGCCCCUUUGAAGGGCUGAGGACCCGGCCCUCGCUCCGCGGCCCCUCACGGAAAGGUGGCAAAAAUGGGAAAACCCUCCCCGUUCGGGGCUUCCUUUCGGCCAAGGGGGCACGGGAACAAGAGGGGCUUUUCCACAAGGAAAAGUCUCCCCCGGCUGGUGGAGGCUGGUGCUCGAGUCCUAAUGUGGACACGGGCUGCCCGGAUCCCUCCGAGCUGCGGAUCCAGGAGCGCAUCCCUAUGGACACGGGCUGCCCGGAUCCCUCUUCACUGUGGAUCCAGGAGCGUAUCCAGAGGGGCUGCAUCCCCAUGGACACGGGCUGCCUGGAUCCCUCCUUGCUGAGGAUCCAGGAGUGUAUCCAGAGGGGCUGCAUCCCUAUGGACAUGGGCUGUCCCGAUCCCUCCUCGCUGUGGAUCCAGGAGCGCGUCCAAAGGGGCUGCAUCCCUAUGGACAUAGGCUGCCCAGAUCCCUCCCUGCUGCACUUCUAG